UUACAACACACCACAAAAAAAAAAAAAAAAAAAAGAACAGCCACUCCAACAGCAACAAGUAGGCAACAAAGCUAAGCUAUUUCUUAUCUUAGUUGCUGUAUUAAUCUUGCUUGGGUGGUCUUAGGGAGGUGAAUAUUAUGAAUAUGAAUGGAAGAUUAGCAGUUGUGGGUGAGAGAUUUUGUUUUGAAGAAGAAACCCAUCUCACAGUGCACAAGACCUCCGUGUUCUUCCCCGGGGAUGGCUUCAUCGUCUAUGACCCUCACGGUCAUCUCCUUUUUCGAUUCGACUCAUAUGGCCCUGAUUCAGGACCAUUAGAUGAGCUUGUUCUUAUGGAUGCUGCUGGCAAGUGCCUCCUCACCCUUUCCCGGAAGAAGCCGAGUCUUCAUCAACGGUGGGAAGGUUUUGUUGGCGAGAGGAAGGAGGAUCGAGGGCCAGUAUUUGGUGUGCAUAGAUCAUCAAUUAUCGGACGGUCAAGCGUUGUGGUGGAGGUUUUCGGUGAUAAGGGCGAGGAGUACCAGAUCGAAGGUUCUUACUCACAACGGUGCUGUACGAUUUACAAAUCUCUAUCGGAAAGCACAUCAAGAGAGCCAACGGCUGAGAUUAAAAGGAAGGUGGACCCCUCUACUCAUGUGAUGCUUGGAAGGGAUGUUUUCGCACUACAUCUUAAACCUGGGUUUGAUAGUGCUUUCGCAAUGGGAUUGGUGCUUAUUCUUGAUCAGAUGUUCGGCGAUGAUGCUGAUGUUGAUGCACGAGAUGUGGGUCCUACCUUAGAGGAUUCAUCUGCUUGAUUCUGUUGUCACUUCACUUCUUGUUCUGUAUUUUUCUUUCAUUAAUCUUUGUUUCUUAUUGAUUUUUUUUUUUUUUUUGUUUUUUUGUUUGUUUUUGGUAACAUGGUGAAUUUUGCUUUUUUAUUGAACUUUGUGUGUGCGCGAGCGCUUCCGCUUUUCUUAAGGUAAAUAUAUUAAACU